AUGGGUGCCAACUCGUCUUUCUCGCCUGAGACAGACAUCAUAGAUCCCUCUCGGACCUCGUCGUUUACCAAUCUCUCCUCCAACACUCCCCCUUCAGAGUCUCCUUUUUCAGGACCUCUGAACUUUAGCAUCGCCUCGCGUCGCUCAAGUUCAUCUGCAAACAAUAUUCACCCGUUCGACAUCACGUCGUUCACCACGGAUACUCAUCAGCAAUCAUGGCUCCCCUCGCCCCCGCCCCCGCAGCCCUUGGCUCAGAAUCCGAAUUCGAUCAACAAUCAAGACAACAACAGCAACAGUGUCAGCUCCCUACAGGAGGACUUUGUUCUUUAUCCAACCGUGCCCGCCCCUCGUCCUCAGCCGCUCCCCAAGGACUUGUGUGCGCCAGCUCCCUCGAGUACAGCCCAUAGAAAAUCCGCAGACUCCCUCCAUCCUUUCCUGGUCCAACAGCAACUCUCUCGUCAAUCUAGACGGCAUUCUCUGAAUCUGCAGCAGCAUCUCCAGCAGCAGUUCGCAGGCUCGCCUGUUCAGGUUCCUCGAGUGACCAGCCUUAUCUCGCAGUCUUCUCCCGGGUAUCCUCUGUCCUCGUCUCAUCGGUUUAGUCCCUCCGCUCGGAAGCACUCCCGACGAUUCCACCCUGCGUCGGUGCCUUCGAAUUCUCCCAAUUACAGUCGCCCGCCCGUUCCUUUGUUCCGCAACAGUACCGGCAAUCUCUCCUAUCAACAGAAACAGCAGCUACAUUUCCAAUUACAACUACAAAAUUAUCACCGUCGUAUCAUGUCGAACCCCAACCUUGCUCAAGAUCUCCCCGAUCUCUUUGAUCUUCCCUCGACCCACUUUGGGGACGAAUUUGACCCGGCUACCGAGUCCACCAUGCUUUCUCCACACAUCACCACCAACUUCGACUCGUUGGCGGGUGCGCCUUCGGGUACGGUCUCGCCCAAGGAUUUGAUGAUGGAUGCUUCCGCUCCCCCAUCAACUUCCUUCACAGACCUCAGCACCCCGUCCUUCGAGUCGCCCGGGUACUUUAGCCAGGACACCUCUCCGAUGAUCCCCACCGAUUUGGAGAUGCCCUCGGGCCACGAGGAAUGGGAGUCGCUAUUCCCGACCAAUGAUGCUUUCUCUCUGCCCAUUGACAUGGCACCUCUGGAAGCUGGGGCUCUCAGCCAGCCCAAGGCCACUGGACCCCCUCCUUCUCCUGUGAUCCGCGACUCGUCUGAAUCCCCUCGCGAGUCCCCUGCCCCUACCCGUCCAUCUACCAAGCACUCCACCGUCGCCGGUGUCAAUGCCCGUCAAAGGAAGCCCCUGCCUCCCAUCAGCUUUGACUCGACGGACCCCGUGGCUGCGAAGCGUGCCCGCAAUACCGAGGCCGCUCGCAAGUCCCGUGCUCGGAAGCUGGAACGCCAGGGUGUCAUGGAGCUUCGCAUUGCCGAGCUCGAGAAGUCCCUUGAAGAAGCGCAACAGCGUGAGCAAUACUGGAAGGCCCUUGCCCAGAACAAGGCCUAA